AUGGCCGUUCCGCUGAGCGACAGCGAAAAAAGGAAACAGAUCAGCGUGCGGGGCAUCGCCGGGUUGGGUGAUGUGGCGGAGAUCAGGAAGAGCUUCAAUCGGCACCUCCAUUUCACCCUGGUGAAAGACCGGAAUGUGGCCACCCCGCGGGAUUAUUUUUUCGCCUUGGCGCACACUGUGCGAGAUCACUUGGUGGGACGGUGGAUCCGCACCCAGCAAUAUUAUUACGAGAAGGACCCCAAGCGUAUUUAUUACCUGUCUCUGGAAUUCUACAUGGGCCGAACACUUCAGAACACGAUGGUGAACCUGGGUCUGCAGAAUGCCUGCGAUGAAGCUAUUUAUCAGCUUGGCCUUGACUUAGAAGAGUUGGAAGAGAUUGAGGAAGAUGCCGGCCUUGGCAAUGGAGGACUGGGGCGUCUGGCAGCUUGCUUUCUGGACUCUAUGGCAACACUGGGACUUGCAGCCUAUGGCUAUGGGAUCCGCUAUGAAUUUGGCAUUUUUAAUCAAAAGAUUGUCAAUGGCUGGCAGGUGGAAGAAGCUGAUGAUUGGCUGCGCUAUGGCAAUCCUUGGGAAAAAGCCCGCCCUGAAUACAUGCUUCCUGUACAUUUCUAUGGUCGAGUAGAACAUGCUCCUAAUGGGGCUAAAUGGGUUGAUACUCAGGUUGUUCUUGCCAUGCCUUAUGAUACACCCGUUCCAGGAUACAAGAACAAUACAGUUAAUACCAUGAGAUUAUGGUCAGCCAAGGCACCUAAUGAUUUCAACCUUGAAGAGUUUAAUGUUGGUGAUUAUAUCGAAGCUGUGUUGGAUAGAAACCUAGCAGAAAACAUAUCCAGAGUAUUGUACCCCAAUGAUAAUUUUUUUGAAGGAAAGGAAUUGCGUCUGAAACAGGAGUACUUUGUGGUAGCUGCCACUCUCCAGGACAUCAUACGACGAUUCAAGUCUUCCAAAUUUGGAUGUCGUGACCCAGUGAGGACUUGUUUUGAAACCUUUCCCGACAAGGUUGCCAUUCAGCUAAAUGACACUCACCCAGCUCUCUCCAUUCCUGAGCUCAUGAGGAUCUUUGUUGAUGUGGAACAUAUGGAUUGGGAAAAGGCCUGGGAAAUCACAAAACGAACCUGUGCAUACACCAAUCAUACAGUGCUGCCUGAAGCCCUGGAGCGCUGGCCGGUGUCUAUGUUUGAAAAGCUCCUGCCAAGGCACCUGGAGAUCAUUUAUGCUAUCAACCAAAAGCAUUUGGAUUAUGUGGCUUCCCUCUUUCCUGGAGAUGUUGACCGCCUCCGAAGGAUGUCUGUGAUUGAGGAAGGAGACUGCAAGAGGAUCAAUAUGGCCCACCUGUGUGUCAUUGGUUCUCAUGCAGUCAAUGGAGUGGCUCAGAUUCACUCGGAGAUUGUGAAGAAUUCUGUAUUCAAAGAUUUCUACGAGGUAGAGCCAGAAAAAUUUCAAAACAAAACCAAUGGUAUAACUCCCAGGCGAUGGCUUCUACUGUGUAACCCAGGACUCUCUGAAGUCAUUGUAGAGAGACUUGGGGAAGAUUUCCUAACUGAUCUUAGCCAGCUAAAGAAGCUGCUGGAUUUUGUCAAUGAUGAAGCCUUCAUCAGGGAUGUAGCCAAAGUCAAACAGGAGAACAAACUGAAGUUCUCAGCGUACUUAGAAGAACAAUACAAAGUGAAAAUUAACCCAUCCUCUAUGUUUGAUCUGCACGUCAAGAGAAUUCAUGAAUACAAGAGGCAGCUCCUCAAUUGCCUACAUAUAAUCACUCUCUAUAACCGCAUCAGAAAGGACCCUAAAAAAUCUUAUGUGCCAAGAACAGUUAUGAUUGGAGGAAAGGCAGCUCCAGGCUACCACAUGGCAAAAAAGAUUAUCAGAUUGAUCACAGCCAUUGGAGAAGUCAUCAAUAAUGACCCUUACGUGGGAGAUAGACUCAAAGUCAUAUUCUUGGAGAACUACAGAGUGUCACUUGCUGAAAAAGUGAUUCCUGCUGCAGAUCUAUCUGAGCAGAUCUCAACAGCUGGGACUGAAGCUUCAGGGACAGGAAACAUGAAAUUCAUGCUGAAUGGAGCCCUCACCAUUGGGACCAUGGACGGGGCCAAUGUGGAAAUGGCUGAAGAAGCUGGAGAGGAUAAUCUGUUCAUUUUUGGCAUGCGGGUGGAUGACGUUGAGGCAAUGGAUAAGAAAAGGUACAAUGCUAAGGAAUACUAUGACAGGAUUCCAGAACUCAGACAAGUUAUUGAUCAAAUAAACAGUGGCUUCUUCUCACCGAAUGAUCCUAGUUGUUUCCAUGAUGUCGUCAAUAUGUUGAUGUAUCAUGACAGGUUUAAAGUAUUUGCUGAUUAUGAAGCCUACAUCAAAUGUCAAGGGCAAGUGGACCAAUUAUACAUGAAUCCUAGGGAAUGGACUAAAAAGGUAAUUAAGAACAUUGCAUGCUCCGGCAAGUUUUCCAGUGACAGGACAAUUACUGAAUAUGCCAGAGAGAUCUGGGGAGUGGAACCUUCUGCUGUGAAAAUUCCUCCUCCAAACAUACCUAGGGAGUAAAUCUGCCAUUAGAAGGUGCAUGCAAUUACUCUGAUGGGCUUCCUCCUGCUGCUGCUGCUAAGACAUACCUGCUUCCCUGUGACUUUUCUGCAGAUGAAUUCAAUCAUGUAUUUUACCACACUUUGGCUUGUUUCAUCUUUAUAAACAUAUAGCUGAAAUGAGAACAGCUGGUGCUUCAAAUAGUAAGAAAUAAUUGACCAAAAACGUAUAGGUUGUAAUAAGAUUCAAGAUCUGAAACAGAAAGCUUAAACAAAAAAGGUGUUCUGAUCUUGCCCUCUUUUAAAAGUCCAGUAUACUAGCGUGGUUUAUAUGUAUUCAUGCAUUAUAUGCUGAGGGGCUCCUCUGGCAAUUCCUGGUUGGUCAGUCAGAAGAUGCCUACAAAGUCUAGAAUUGAACAAAAAAUGUGAUUCCACAGUGUUGCCUUCUGGAAUGGAAGCUAGACUGGAACCCUUCUGUAACCAAGGAGAAUACUUUUUCCACAUACUUUUUAACCCUAACUCAUCUUGAAGUCACUUCUCUCUCUUAAUUGCAGUGGUACCUGCAGCAAACUGAGGUAGCAUCAAAAUGACACAUACACGGUGGCAUAAUGACACAAACAUUGCUUUAGGUACUUGUAUUCUGAUGACUAACACAAAUGUCAAGUUGUGUGUUUAGCAUUCUGACACACAUUUCAUUUCUUGCCUCUCUUCCCCUCCCCCCACAUAUCUAUGCUCAUUAGGAGAACCAUUGUUGAUCCCCAGGACAGUUCUUUUUAACACAGAAUCAUUUUAAGUGACCAGUUAUCACAAACAUAAAAAUCAGGGUACUUUUUCCUAUAGGGACAUGGAGUUCAAAGAGAGUUAAUGGCGCCAAAGAACCUGCUUGCUUUCCUCUAAAAUGAGAAUUCUUGAACAUAUGAUUCAUAAAGUUAGCAUCCAUUCUGGUGCACUCAAAUUGCAUUGGAAUGCCCAGUCAGCCUGAAUUAAGUCAGAUUACCAGCCAUAUUCUGUAAUCUGCUGGAUUCUGGAUAAUUUUCUGAGCAAAUGGCAGUAAAUAAAAAAUUAAGACAUUUGCUUAGCCUCCUGAUAGAUUACUAAACUUUGUAUGUUUCAAAUUGUGCAGUUAUAUGGAUUAUUUAGAAUAAUCUUAUGUAAAGAGCAGACAUUGAAAUAGCUGUCACUUCUCAUAGUGAAACCACUGCUAUCCAGACUUUUUCUUGAGUCAAUGUUGUUUCUAGAGGUCGCAUUUUUAGUAUUUUAAUAGUAUAUUGGGAAACCCCAUGAUUUUUAAUAACAGGCAAUAACAUUACAUUUUGAGGAUCUAUCAGGUCUUCUAGCCUGGGUUGCUAAAUAGAUAAAUUUUUCUUUUCUGAAAAUGCUGAGGAAAUUAACUAUAUUUUAGAGCCCAAUAAAUCCUUAAAUGGCAACUUUGUACAUGACAGAAUGGAAAUGAAUGUAUGCCCUAUAAGUUUCCAGAACCAAAAAGUUAAACAAACAUGCUGCUUUCCUUUUCAGACUUCUUAGAGGCAUUAUCACUCUAACACCAGGUCAAAGAAAUAUGUCAAGAGUGAAAAUUUGGCAGCUGUAUGAAUAUAAUCUACAAAAUAUUCCUUCUUUAAGCUGAUACCCUCCAAAUAUCCUGUGGUAGCAAUUCCCCAUUGUCAGGGAGUUACAUAGGAUCAGGAGGCCAGAAACAGUUGCCUAAUCUCUGCCUCUCCCUAGAUUAAUUUUUAGGGUCGCCCCAUAUGGAUAAGCAAUACAACCUUAUCUAUCAAAUGUAGGAACAGUUUUCUGAACAGACAGCAAAUAGGCACACAAUAUCACCCCUAGAAAAUUAAUAAAAUACUUAAAAAAUAAUAUCACCCCUCACAUACAGGAGGAAGACUGUCAAAAUCAGAUGACAGUUUGAUCAGAGCUGAUACUCUGAUCAUCUGUUGAGAAAUUGGGAGCAAGAUCUAGCAGACAAGCAACCGUUUCCAAUAUCCAGGAGUAGUCUGUACCCAUAUCAAUCGGAAUGGCAUGAAACACAAUAAUUUCAUAAAUUUCAAGAGCCAUAAAGUAACAAAAUUUCAAUGCUUGCAUUAUUCCAGAAAACAACAAAUUGUGAAAACAAAACAGUAAUAUUCAUUUUACAUCAGUCUGCUGUAUUUUUGUCUAAUAAAAGUAGAUGAAAUUGAAAUAAAAUAUAUGAUUUUGUGUAGGCUUCACUAAAUAACUGCUAAAGGUUCAGUUCUUCCAGGUUUAUGCAGCAUUUAAGUAUAUUAUAGAAUAUAUUGGUAUGUUUACAGCUAUAGUACCUCAUUUCAGAUGAACUUUGAGGUCUUAUAUCUUAUUAACUCAAGAUGUUUGUAAGUAUGUUGUUCAUUUUUUUUUAAUUUGCUGUGGUAUAUAGCCAUACUAAUACAAUUGUAAUUUCCAGGCUCAUGCUAAGAUCCUUAGCACAAACCAAGCUGUUAAACCACAGUUUAACAUUUAUUUAUAAUUGUAACUUGUUCUAAAACAACUGACUGUCAUUGGAAUCUGUGAUUAAUUGGAAUCUAUUUGGUUUUAUUGCUACAUUUUGUAAAAGAAUGAGAAAAAAAGGCAGUAGUAAUAGCUGGAAAAAUGAUUCCUACCAAUCUGGAUUUAUAAAUUAAGAUUAUACCAGUGUGGCUACAAUUUUACUCUAUAGAGUAGUAACUAUUUUCAGAGUGUUAAUUGUGAGGGAGCAUUUGGUUUUCAUAGCAGUACCAUCAUAUAUCCAUGUCUUUCUGUGUUUGUUCUAGAAUGCAUUAAUGAAAGAUGAUUAACCAGAGAUUGGCAAGAACAUGUCUGCCACCCCUGAUUGGCUAACUGAGGAAUUCCCAAAGAGCUUGCCUAAUUCACUGUUUAGAAAUGUCUGUCAUAGAGUAUCUUAACUUUGAUCAUUAAAAGCCCAUACCAUCGUGUUGCCUCAAUGGUAGGAAGCCUUGCUUUUUUAACCCUUGCAGAUUCCUGCUUCCUAGACUCAAACCAUCUUAAUUGGCACUUACAGAUAUUUCCUAUUUCUCAGAUAUAAAGCCCUCUUGUGCCUAAUCAUGAAGGGCAAGCAUGCUGCAAAUGAAUAAAAUAGUCAUUUGAUAUUAAUAAAAUAUUCAGAUGUUUUUUGAAUGGAUUAUACACCCAAAUAAUUACAAAUGCAGCACUUUAGAAGCCAGCCAAGUUAAAAAAAAAAUCAAGAAAGAUCAUCAAGUACGUUAAACAAUAGAAAUAAAUAAUUCUAUAAAACUAUGGAUUUGCUUAAAUCCUUGGUUCAUGGACAUUUUUCUCAUGCUGACAAGCAAAAGUUCAAAUCACUUGUCUUAUAAAACAGUUAAAGGAAGUAAUAUUUAUAUAAUCUUUUAGAUUCUUACUUUGGUAUUAUCAGUUAGGGGCCUAAUCUAGCAUUGAAAAUAGAGAAUUAAGCAGGGCCUACUUUUAAGGGAUGAGAUUCCCUCAUCAGUUUAUGAAAAUAAAACUGCACAACAGUAUUCCAAAUUCAUCAUAAUAGUUCUUUAGCUAGCCUGGUCCUAAUCCAACCAAUGAUAUUCUUUAAUAAGUUAAGUGGUAUUUAUGUCCUACUAAAGAUGAAAGGAAUGCAGUUAACUAAUUGGAUUGAGCAAUUGUUUGGCCAGUUGCAGAAAAUAGGAAUAAAUCAGCAAAAUCAGAGAAAAGCUUUAAAAUACUGACAAUUAAGAGUUAGCCUUUAACUAGUUUGAAUCAGCAAUUUCUCAUUUCUCACUAAACACUUAAAAAUAAUUAUAUAAGUUCAUAGAAGCUCAAAAAGUCUAUCCUUUCUUUGCUAUCUGACAGCUUCUGUCAAAAAUGGUGUCACAUUGUUUUAAGAAUUAAAGUGCAAUUAGAUACCAGGUUCACAAUUAAGAAGUAGUUGAAUAUGAAAGCUCUGUUGAAAAAGCAUUGAGAAAUUCACUAUAUGUUGUUAUCAGGCUGCACCUGAAAGCCAUCUUGAAAUGCAUUUGAGACAAGGGCUAGUCUCCACAACACAUUGUACCUAUUAGUUUUAUUUGGUUGUUGCUCUUAGUAAAUAACCAUUCUACUUGCCUUCCACUGCAUGGCCAAUUUAUCCCCACAUUGAAGAAAAUAGAUUGGCCAUUCCUAGUUUAAAGCUCAUAGAUUCUGGAUAUUGGCUGGGUACAAAUCCUUUUCCUAUGUUUUUGUCAAAGGCAAAAUAUAUAUAAUGGAAGAAUUCCAGGGAACACAAUAUUGUGUUUAAGAAAUGCUGUUAAAUUUUUCUUUGGUAGGAAUUGUUUUUAAGUUGAUUACUGCUAGGUGUUCCUAUGAUUCAUUUUAUUGCCAUAAAAUGCUUGAAAUAAGGAAACAAAGUUGAUUUACUGUACUCUUUUCAGCAUAUACAGAACAUUUUCCCCUAAAUAGUGUGGAUUAUGUAAUUUAAAUCCAAGUAAAGUAUCACAGGCUUCUGCUGAGGAAGUCUUCUUAUGUCUUGAAAUUUGUGCAUAAAAUAUUGCAUGUUCGCAAGCAUUCCCAUCUCACAUGUAUUUUGCAUUACACUCUUAAGAAUGUGUUCUAUUCCUGGUUAUUUUUCUUCAUAGUCUGUAAAAUUAUUGUGAGCAACACUUAGUUCAGAGAAGAUACCUCUUCAAGCAACAAUUAGCCAGGCAGGAGGCUGAAGCAAGCAAAUUAGCAAAUUUACUGUGCUUGCUAAAUAGAUGUAUUUGUCACAAUCAUGUCAUUUACAAAACUUGUGUUUGUUUUAAUGUGUGUGGCGUGCUUAUGAUAUAGUACUGUUAUUCUCCUGUGUUUUCAAAACAUUAAACUUCCAUGAACAUUGCA